GUGACAUUCCCCACACACACUCUUGUCUUGUGAUCCUGACUCUCCCGUCUCCCCUUCUCCAUCUUUCUCAUCCCCCCACCCCCCGCCACGCCACAGACAGAUCUCCCCUCCCUCCCUCUAGGUCACUCUUUCCCGCAGCCAUGGCGGAGGACGCCCCCAACGCCGCGGCCGAGGGCACCCAGCCCGCUCCCUCCGAGGGAUCCGCCACCGCGCCGGCCUCCGGCGCGAAGGCCGCGGAGGCGCUGCUCCCGUCGCUGAGCAUCUGGCCGCCGUCGCAGCGCACGCGCGACGCCGUCGUGCGCCGCCUCGUGCAGACGCUCGCGGCGCCCAGCGUCCUCUCCCAGCGCUACGGCGCCGUCCCGGAGCCCGAGGCCGAGCGCGCCGCCGCCGCCGUCGAGGCCGAGGCCUUCGCCGCCGCCUCCGAGUCCGCCGCCGGCGCGUCCCCGGCCUCCGUCGAGGAGGGGAUAGAGGUCCUCCAGGCGUACUCCAAGGAGGUCAGCCGCCGCCUCCUCGAGCUCGCCAAGUCCCGGUCCGCCGCCGCCGCCGCGGCGCCCGCCGAGGCCAGCGCGCAGGAUUCGGAGGACUCGUCGGCGACCGCUCCGGCGCCCGCGGAGGCUGCCGCUUCCGAGGAGUAAGGCGCUGGCGCCCGCGUUUUGAUCCACCGAAAUUUGCUGUUAUUUUGGCAUUUCGUUGGAAAUUAUCCAUGGUCUAGUAGUAUCCAUUGUCUAUUAGAGAUGCGCGUGAGAUGAGGAACUGGUGUUUGUUUCAUGGACCUGGUGUGCUGCUAAAAUAUUAAGUUAUAAACCGUGAAUCUUGCCAUUGCAUAUGUAUAGGUUGUGCAUGAAUGUUUGCAUGCGCUCAUCCAUUCUGGUUUUCUUGUUACGAAGUGGUUAAUCCUCAAGAAUGAUUGUAUCAAUAGGGCUUAGAGCUUAUGCUUUUACCCAUUUCAAUGUAGGGAGUAUACUUGAACUU